CGUAACAAGAACAGCGUCGGUUUGUAAGGCACAUUAUGUGAUUGGGCUCUGUUCUAAUUUCUGACCCAAUAGAACAAUAUUGAUUCAAAGCCCAUAUUCUCACAAUCUCCACCUUGGGCUUUAGUCAGAUAAGGCCCACCUCUACCUCACGUCCUUUCCUUCCCCGACGGCAAAUCAAAGCUUUUCCUUCUGAUUACGUCUCAGACACAAACCCUGACAUGCAACUGGAACUCCGACGAAUCUCAGUGGUUUAUGGCGGUGCCCUCCGGCCACCUUCAACUCGAGACUGUCUCCACCGGCAGUGAAACACCAAAAACAACAUCUAUCAAAGCAAACCAAACCCGAUUAAAGUCGCUGCAACUUGCAAUGACUUCUCUUUCUGCUUUGCUCUCUCGAUCAUGGCAAAAUGGAACUGAUGCAACUUCGUCUCGCCAUAAUUUAUUUAAUUUCCGGAGAGUUCUCCAUAGCCGUGAAGUCUCAAUGCAAAUUACCUAUUUGCAACUUCGGUGACUUAUCUUUACCAGCUUCAGGUAUCAACCUCGUUCUAUUCCACUACCGUGAUAGAUGUAUGUCGAUACCAACUCUGAAAAUCCCUACCAGCUUCUCCAGUGUAUUUUCUGCCUCCUCUGCUGUAUAUAAGUCACACGUCUCCCUUCAGCUUGUCCGAUCUACGAACCUGCUUUUCCAGUUGUUCACCACCAUCGCAACUCCGAUCCGAGAUUGCAACUCUGACAUUACUUUGCCGUCGACCUCAGAUCAGGUUACUCCACCUUGAACUCUGAUUCUUCCUUCGAUUACACCACCUUGGACCGCUCUGCUUCUGUUUUCUUCUUGAGCUCAAAAAAACUCAUAGAGAUUCAUGACUCUCUCUCAAGUUAUCACCAUUGAUGGGAACACUCGAUUUCACUUCAUCGUUGAUCAUGUGAUAUCAAUGCUCAAGAUCCUCCAGCGUCCGACUCAUCUCUCUUGAUAAAGUUGCAAACAGAGCUAGCUUGUCUUCUUUCUACAGCUUGUCCGACGAAAGCCUUCGCCACCUCCACUUUUUAAGACGUUUCCUUAAGUAAUCUCCUCCAGUUCUUUAGGCUGAACUCCUUGCCAGCUUUACUAAAACCUUAUAUGUUCUCCUUCAAUGGCACUUCUCUUGUGAUAACUCUUACACACUCCUUUGCGCCUCUGAUUUUUUUUUUUUUGUUGAGAACUUAACUUGGUUUCUUUUCCCACAGCAGCUCCACUUUAUCUUACCAUUCUUCAGCUCCACCUGGACCUGGAAUCAUCUUCUGAUUCCAUUAAAUGUUUCUUCGGUGAUCAGUCGAAGUACUUCUGCUCCCAUGAUGAUUCCUGCUACUCAUGACGAAAGACCAACCUUCGCUCUUGCUUCCUGCAACUUCAGAUUUCCAAGACGAGCUCCACCUGGAACCAGAAUCAACAUUGCACGACUUCUAAUUCUUCACAGUUAUUUUAAACCUCAACUGUGAGAGCUCAGCCUCCUCCUUCAUCUUUAGGGUUUCUCCAGGAUGAUCAACCAAGCUUGGAACAUCUUCUAUUUAUACUUGAACCGUAGCCGACUUAUUCCUCCUAACAUCGUAAGGAUUAUGUAAAUAAUCCUUUUCCUUUUCCUUGCGUAACAAGAACAACGUCGGUUUGUAAGGCACAUUAUGUGAUUGGGCUCUGUUUUAAUUUCUGACCCAAUAGAACAAUAUUGAUUCAAAGCCCAUAUUCUCACAAUCAAUAUGUGGCUAAAUGCCCCUGGGUAACGCUAACGCUAAAUCGUAAAUGUGGUAGGGGACUUCGUCAAAUAUGAAACGUACAUAUCACAAAUGGCAAGAAGCUGACUCAUGUAACGUGGGCUCUUAUCUCUUCUGGCCUGCACUUCCUCGAAAGCAUCCGCCGCCACCUUUCUCCUACGCGUUCUACAAUUCUAUCCUAUACUUAUCUGCCACAUCAUAUGUAUCUACCCUUUGUGAUAAAUACUCGCGUGACCCCUAAAGCCAAAACCUCUUCUCGUUCUCUAACUUCCGUUCCUUGUAAUAACCAAGCAAAAAGAAACUCAAUCUUCUUGCUAAAAAGAAAAGAAAAAAAAAACUCAAUCUUCAACCCAAGAAAAACCCUCAUGGAAAUACCGGUGAUUAACAGAAUUAGCGACUUUGACGUGAAGAUAAACUCGAUGAACGAUCCGUCGUUAUUACCAGAAUUAGCGACUUUGCCGUUUGCCGUCUCCGGAGUUGGAAAGUUACAUUAUGCUUAUACUUUCUUUAAAUGGGGCGCUUUAUUGCUGCUUUCAUUUUUUGCUUCAUUCACCAUGACUAGAAUCAAAAGUUUAGUCCUUAGAUUAAGAAAUGUAGACGCGUCUCUAGCUUCCCAAUCUAUUGUCUAUGAUUACGACAGCGACUCCGACUCAUCUUGUUCCUCAGAGUCCUCAGACGACGAAGAAGACGACGGUGACAAAGAAGACGACUCGGUCAAUGGAGAUUCACGCGUUAAAAGAUUUAGUUAUUACGAGGAAAAUGACGACAAGGGUAUAGAUGGAAAUGUACCCUGGCUGCGUCGGUGCAGUGAUAGCUUCGGCGACUUGUUGUCCUGGCCUGAUCUUGGUGGGUUCGGCUCAAGAGGAGUUGUUAAGCUAUGGGACAAUCUUGACUUAAAAGGAAGUCAGGAAGUGGUGGCUUCCUUCUUCAACAAGUACGGAGUUUCCUCGUCGUUGCCUCCGGCGGUUUUAUUAGCGGCGGAGAAGAAAGGAUCCGACGCCGUGGAAGUGAGUGCGUGGGAUGCACGCGAAGGUUUCAGAAUGCCUACUUUGCUCGCUGAAUGGAAACAGCCGGGGAGGUUGCUAGGGAAGAUCGUAAGGGUCAACGCCGGUGGCGUUAACAAGAUCUACGUUGAGGAUGACGCCAACGGGGAGAUAACGGUGGGAGACAUGAGGAUGGUUAACGGUGCGAUGACGGAACUGACUGAGUCAGACGUUGUUACAAUGGUGAGACGCCGUCGGUGAGGCUGAGGAUUCUCGUUGGGAGUUGUAUUAAUGACAAAUGAUUGGUACGGUCCGGUCUAGUAUACACCAAAUUAAGAUUCAAAGUAAACUGUAAAUGACCUCAAGAUUUUUUUGUAAAUAUUUUGUAUUUAGAGUUUAUUUCAAUAAUGUUAUUUCAGUGUAAAAAGUAUUUGUUAUUUACUUUCAAUUUUUCAAAAAGGAAAAGAAUCUUUGGAACUUA